CUUCUUCUUCUUCCCAUUCUCUUCUAACCUUUUUGUUGCUUUCCCAAUUCCAAAUUAAAAAAAUAAAUAAACAAAAUUAAUAAUACAAAACCAUAUUAGGGAAAGCAAAUUAAAGACAAUAAAAGAGAGAGAUAUUUACAAAGACAUCAACUCAUCACACACACAACCCAUAAUUUUAAAAAACACAAAAACAUUACAGAACAAAAGAAUCACAGAAGAGAGAGAGAGACAGAAACACCACCACCACCCACCACCCAGCACCACCGCCACCACCACCAACAGAAAUACAGACAAUAGAGAAAUCAAUAGAUAAAGAGAGCUUAUGUAAAUUUGUGAUGAGUUUUUCGAUUUUGCGUUAAAAAAGAGAUGCAUCCAGCAUAUAAUAGAAUAUCAAGUAGUGGUCAUAACUCACCGUCACCACCGCAAUCACCAUUAAGAGGUUCACCAAGAUUAAGACAUACAAGAAGCAGCAAUAACAAAGGUGGUGGAAGUAGUGGUAAAUUUCUACCACCACCGAAAACAUUUGCACAGAGAAUCGCAUGGAUCCUAUUGUCUGUUCUUCUACGUCGUCAAGGAGUUUUUCUAUUUGCUCCUCUUAUUUAUAUUUCUGGGAUGCUUCUGUAUAUGGGUACCGUUUCGUUAGAUGUUGUUGUUCCUGAUAUCAACUCUCGUCCUCCUCCUGGUUCUGUCUAUCGUUCUCCUCAACUUUAUAACAAAUUACGGCCUGAAAUGGAUGCUGAUAAUUUCUCUUCAGAUGCGUUAGCAACAGUAUGGAGACACCCUUAUAAAGGUGGUGAAUGGAGGCCUUGUAUAAACAAGUCUGAAGAAGGUCUGCCUGAAUCAAAUGGUUACAUUUAUGUCGAGGCAAAUGGUGGCUUAAAUCAGCAAAGGACAUCGAUAGGCAAUGCAGUUGCUGUUGCGGGCUAUCUGAAUGCAACACUUGUAAUACCCAACUUCCAUUACCAUAGUAUUUGGAGAGAUCCUAGCAAAUUCAGUGAUAUCUAUAACGAGGAGUACUUCAUUCAGACCUUGAAAGGUGAUGUAAGGGUGGUUAAUAAGUUGCCAGGAUAUAUCAUGGAAAGAUUUGACCACAACAUGAGUAAUGUUUACAACUUCAAAGUAAAGGCUUGGUCUUCCAUCAAGUAUUACAGGGAGUCGGUUCUUCCUAGGCUACUUGAAGAACAGUUUAUAAGAAUAUCUCCUUUUGCAAAUCGGUUGUCAUUCGAUGCUCCUCCAGCUGUUCAGAGGCUUAGAUGCUUGGCAAAUUAUGAAUCAUUGAGGUUUGCAAAUCCGAUUGCAACUUUGGCAGAAAGUUUGGUCGAAAGAAUGAAAGAACGCAGUGCUCACAAUAAUGGAAAAUAUAUCGCAGUUCAUCUCCGUUUCGAAGAGGAUAUGGUUGCCUUCUCUUGUUGCAUAUUUGAUGGAGGGGAGCAAGAGAUAAGUGACAUGAAUGCAGCCAGGGAGAGAGGUUGGAGAGGAAAAUUUACUAAACCUGGUCGUGUAAUCCGUCCUGGAUCAAUUAGGAUUAAUGGGAAAUGUCCACUUACUCCCUUGGAGGUUGGCUUGAUGCUUAGGGGGAUGGGUUUUGAUAAUAGCACAUCCAUCUUUUUAGCAUCUGGAAAGAUUUACAAUGCUGAGAAAACCAUGGCACCACUUCUCGAAAUGUUUCCUCUAUUACAAACAAAAGAUAUGCUUGCAACAGCUGAAGAACUCGCCCCCUUCAAGAAUUUUUCUUCGAGGAUGGCUGCUAUCGACUACACUGUUUGUCUCCAUAGUGAGGUGUUUGUGACAACUCAAGGUGGUAAUUUCCCUCAUUUUCUAAUGGGGCAUAGGAGGUAUUUGUUUGGUGGACACUCGAAGACAAUUAGGCCGGACAAGAGAAAAUUGGCGUUGUUGUUUGAUAAUCCAAAUAUUGGAUGGAAGACCUUCAAACGCCAGAUGCUGAACAUGAGAUCUCACAGUGAUUCAAAGGGAAUUGAGCUCAAGAGACCAAAUGACUCCAUAUAUACGUUCCCCUGUCCAGACUGUAUGUGUCGUGUGAACAAAACAGAAGAAGUUAAACCGCAAUCGUCUCCAUGAUUUUUCUUGGGAAAAAAUGAUAGGAUAUGAUUUGCCUCGAUUUUCCUGUAUCUUGGCGUGACCCAUGUCAUUGUUGACCCCCACAAUAUUGCAUUGUUGUAAUUCUUUCAUUUUUUUUUCACGUAUGGUGGGAUACACUCUGCGAAUUUUGGAUCUUCGAGGAAUUUGUUGAGAGACAAUCAUCCUCGAUGGAAGGCAGAGUACAUUACCCCCAUUGUGUAUAGUGCUGUUGAUUGUGAAAAUAGAAGAACAGAAGAGAAGAGACAUCAGCUGCUGGCAGGAGAAAGUGAGCUGCUUGGGACUUCAUCAAGUGAAGAAAAAUCGAGUCUGCUACGAUAACUGGUGCUGUAUCUAACAAUUGCUGCUGACAUGUGAAUUGCAAUUUUGUGCGCUAUUCAUUUUUUACAGGCUUGUAUAUUUAGUCUCUGCUUUUGACAGUAUCAUAUGUGAAGACUGUAAAGAUAGGGAUGACCUGAACUUGUGUACAUGUAAUCUCACUCACAAUCAGAUUAUUUUUUGUUAGUCAAAUGUGAUUCAUUUUUCUACUGUGCCAUCAUUUGUCUUGUAGUUCCCUGUAUUGAUGAUUAAUCAAGUUUUUCUUUCUUCUUC